CUGCCGGUCGGAUUCGCUGGCAGGCGCGCGCGCCGUGUGCUCCGGCCCCUGUUCGGAGAGUUCGUGAUAAAGGCGCUGCGUUACACUGUUCGCGAUGCUGUGCCGAGCGGCUGUUCUCCUUUCCCUGCGUUCCUCGGGACGGUUCUGGCGACAGUCUGAUGUGGCUGGCUCCCACCCUUGCUUACUGGCUCCUAACCUGGUGUUGAGGAAUGCAUCUGCCCGAGGCUGGAGUAACAUCCCUUUUAUCACGGUGCCCCUCAGCCGGACUCACGGCAAGUCAUUCGCUCACCGCAGCGAGCUGAAGCAUGCCAAGAGGAUUGUAGUGAAGCUGGGGAGCGCGGUGGUGACUCGAGGCGAUGAAUGUGGCUUGGCCUUGGGGCGACUGGCAUCGAUUGUUGAGCAGGUGUCAAUGCUGCAAAACCAGGGCCGGGAGAUGAUGAUCGUCACCAGCGGGGCUGUGGCCUUUGGCAAGCAGCGGCUCCGUCACGAGAUCUUGCUCUCGCAGAGCGUGCGACAGGCUCUCCACUCGGGGCAGAACCAGCUCAAGGACAUGGCCAUUCCUGUGCUGGAGGCUCGAGCCUGUGCUGCUGCUGGCCAGAGCGGGCUGAUGGCUCUGUACGAGGCCAUGUUCACACAGUACAGCAUCUGCGCCGCCCAGAUUUUGGUCACCAACUUGGAUUUCCAUGAUGAGCAAAAGCGUCGCAACUUAAACGGGACGUUGCACGAACUGCUGCGAAUGAACAUCGUCCCCAUCAUCAACACCAACGACGCUGUGGUUCCUCCCCCAGAGCCAAACAGUGACCUGCAGGGGGUAAACGUAAUUAGUGUGAAAGACAACGACAGUUUAGCAGCACGGCUGGCUGUAGAAAUGAAGACCGACCUACUGAUUGUUCUUUCGGAUGUCGAAGGCCUCUUUGACAGCCCCCCGGGAUCAGAUGAUGCGAAGCUCAUUGACAUAUUUUAUCCUGGAGACCAGCAGUCUGUAACGUUUGGAACCAAAUCGCGGGUGGGAAUGGGAGGCAUGGAGGCCAAGGUGAAAGCUGCCCUGUGGGCUCUCCAAGGAGGCACCUCGGUAGUGAUUGCCAAUGGAACUCACCCCAAGAUCUCUGGCCAUGUCAUCACAGACAUUGUAGAAGGGAAAAAAGUUGGCACGUUUUUCUCAGAGGUGAAGCCAGCAGGCCCAACAGUGGAACAGCAGGCUGAAAUGGCUCGAACAGGGGGCAGGAGUUUGGCAGCACUGCAGCCUGAACAGAGAGCAGAGAUCAUCUAUCAUCUUGCUGACCUUCUGACAGAUCAGCGAGAAGAGAUUCUUCGGGCCAACAAAAAGGAUUUGGAAGACGCUGAGAAUAAGGGGAGGCUGGCCCUGCCUUUGCUGAAGAGACUCAGCCUGUCGACCUCCAAGCUGAAUAGCUUGGCCAUUGGGUUGCGUCAGAUUGCAGCAUCUUCACAGGACAGCGUUGGCCGUAUCCUUAGAAGGACGCGAAUAGCAAAGGACUUGGAGCUGGAGCAAGUGACUGUGCCCAUUGGAGUCCUAUUAGUGAUUUUUGAAUCCCGGCCUGACUGUCUCCCUCAGGUAUCUGCUUUGGCUAUUGCCAGUGGAAAUGGGUUGUUGCUUAAAGGAGGGAAAGAGGCAUCUUACAGCAACCAAAUCCUUCACCACCUGACUCAGGAAGCCCUUUCCAUCCAUGGCGUGAAGGAUGCAGUGCAGCUGGUGAACACGAGGGAGGAGGUGGAAGACCUUUGCCGUUUAGACAAGCUGAUAGAUUUGAUCAUUCCCCGCGGCUCAUCUCAGUUGGUCCGGGAUAUCCAGAAAGCUGCUAAAGGAAUCCCAGUGAUGGGGCACAGCGAGGGGAUUUGUCAUGUGUAUGUGGACUUGGAGGCCAGCGUUGAGAAGGUCACCAGAAUAGUGCGAGACUCAAAAUGUGAAUAUCCUGCAGCCUGCAAUGCACUGGAGACGUUGCUGAUACACCGGGACUUGCUGAGAACCCCCGUGUUUGACCAGAUCAUUGACAUGUUGCGAGUGGAACAGGUGAAGAUUCAUGCUGGCCCCAAAUUUGCCUCCUACCUGACGUUCAGUCCCUCGGAGGUGAAGUCGCUUCGCACGGAAUAUGGGGACCUGGAGUGCUGCAUUGAAGUAGUGGAGAGCGCGCAGGAUGCCCUUGAACAUAUCCAUAAAUACGGGAGUUCCCACACAGAUGUCAUCAUCACAGAGAAUGAGAAAACAGCUGAGUUCUUUCUUCAGCACCUGGACAGUGCCUGUGUGUUCUGGAACGCCAGCAGCCGCUUCUCGGAUGGCUACCGCUUUGGGCUGGGGGCUGAGGUGGGCAUCAGCACCUCGCGGAUCCAUGCCCGUGGGCCUGUGGGCAUUGAGGGCCUGUUGACUACAAAGUGGUUGCUAAGAGGGGAGAAUCACAUUGUUUCUGACUUCUCGGAGCAAGGGAGUAUGAAGUACCUUCACGAAAACCUUCCCAUCCCUCAGAGGAACACCAACUGAGCACCCCUGGGUGGAGCGUGUGAUUUUAUGGAGGCUGUUGCAAUUUCGGAACCUCGUCUGGAAAAGGAGACGGACCUUCACCUUGAGGUGUGCAGUGUUCUUGGCACUCUGGUCUCUCCGGAUACUCAGGUGUGCAGUUAUAGGGGGGGACUUGCAGGCCACGUUUUGUGCCUGGGUUCUUUCUCCUGCUCAAACUGCAUUACUUAGAUGACAGGUGCAGAUAUUCAAGGCACUCUCACUCUAGUAAGGAUCCCCUUGUUCUUGGAUCACAGGAAAGAGAACUCUGAUCUUCCACCACGUCACUCCAAAUGGUGGGGAGCUUUGGGGUUGGUAGUGGGCCUAUUUAUUGAUCUGGAUGCCUCCUUUUUUUUGCAUUCCAAAAAUGUCUAGCUUUUUGUCCCCCUGACAUUUUUCUUGCUUUGAGAAAACGUUGGGUAGCAAUUCUUGCUCUUUCUGCUUCCCUUGGAGAUUUGAUAUCUGAAGAGGUUGUUAGAAAAGUGCUCCAUGUCUUAUUUAAAAUGUUGAAUCACCUUAAUAAAUAUUCCAGGUGCGUACAUAAUGAAUGGUCGUUUAUCCAAGCAGUGCUUUUCUUGCUCAGUUUCUUUUCAUUGCUGGCUGGCUGUUGUGGGGUGCAGACAGAGAAGAAACAGGAAAUCGCAGUUGUAUAAGUACGAGGGUUUUCACAAUAACCCUUUUCUGAAUAUUUGUACCAGAUAUUUUUGUUCAUGCAUUUUAUAUGGAAUUUUAUUUCCUUUGAGAGAUUGAAAAUAUUUUUCAAAUUUUAUGUUGUUUUCAAAUAAAACUCCCUUGCAAUAUUA